CUAUUACAUAUGUCAGCCCUCGAAUUCGUACGCAUUUUGUUGAUGUCCAUCUCAAGUAAUAAUCGUCCAAACCAUCCGCUUCUGACGAAGAGAAAAUACGAAGCAUUGACGGCAACCUCGAAGCUCAACAUGCAAGAACCAGAAAACACUCUCAAUGUCUCAGUCAUAUGGAGGGGGAGCAAGUACGUUGUGGAAAUGAAUUCUUGUGCAUUUCUUAAAGAGCUAGGAACUGAGCUGCAGAAAUUGACUGGUGCCAAGGCAGAUACUAUGCGGCUGAUUGUCCCUAAAUUGUCCAAUAAAGGCUCAAUAAUGCUAUCUCCUUUCUCUGAAAAGGAUUCAUGCCUAAGUUUGCAAGAAGCUUCAAUUGUUGGUGGUAAACCAGUCAGAAUGAUGGGGGUGCCGCAGGAUGAAAUUGACAGAGUUGCACAAAAUGCUAAGGCAGACCUGCGAAUAGCUGGAUUUGAGGAAGAGGAAAUGAGACUGAAGCUACGAAUGUCAAAUGGUGCUCCUGCUGUGUUGAAACUCCCACAGGGACCUUACAUCUUUUGUGAUUUCCGCACUCUUCAAAUUCCAGGGGUAGAGUUACACCCUCUGGCUUCAGAGGCACUAAGAAGAAUGCAUAUGCUUGCUGCAGAUCCUGGAAUUGUUGCCAUUAUGAAUAAGCAUCGAUGGCGUGUACAAAUUAUGACCGAGAUGGCACCAGUUGGCUAUGUUGGCAUCAGUUCCAAAUGCAUUCUCGGUUUUAAUAAGAAUCAUGGAGAGGAGAUAUCUCUGCGUCUUCGAACUGAUGACUUAAAGGGUUUCAGGAAAUAUGAAAGCAUAAAAAAAACUCUUUUGCAUGAACUUGCUCACAUGGUUUACUCUGAACAUGAUGCAGACUUCCAAGCUCUAAAUAAACAGCUGAAUGAAGAAGCAGCUAAUUUGGAUUGGACAAAAUCAAGAGGCCACACCUUAAGUGGAAUCAGUCAUUCACAACAUGAGGAAGACUUCUGUAUGGGAGAUGGUAGAACUUAUUCUCAGAAGCUUGGGGGAAACACACUGAAUCAGCUGGAAAGUGCUCGUGCAUCAUCGGUGGCUGCUGCUUAUCAUCGUUUAGCCACUGCUGUUGCCAACAAUGUAGAAGCAUCUAAAGUACAUGAAGAACCUGACCCAGAUGAUUCUGAAAUGCAUGAGGUACCCUAUAGUACCAAUCCUGUAGAAAAAGAAAAUCUAAAUAUUCAGGGUCAAAACAGUGCUCAGUUGAAAAGUGAUCAUGAGCCAGAUCUUGAUGACCUUUUGAGUAAUCAAAACAGUUUAGAACCUGAUCCUGAUGAUUGCUGGCAUGGCCUAAUUUUGGAACUGAAAGACCACUCAGAAUUUAUGAGAAGCAGAGUCAUGUGCCAGAAUGUGACUUCUCUCAAUCCAAACCAAGGAACAGGAGCCACUGAAGAACCUGGUCCUGAUGAUUCAGUAGCCUUUUCCAAUUCUGGCACUGUGGCUGAACCUCAACUGAUGGAGAUUGUAGAUAACCAGUCACGUAAGACAAUCACUGAACCAGAUCCUGAUGAAAAAGAAACAAAGCAGAACAUUUUGGGAUCUCUGGUCAUAAGAAGACAAGAUCAGGGUCCAUAUACAACAGUUGGAACUGAUCAAGCUCAGUUGAACCAAGCUCAUGAAGAACCUGAUCCUGAUGAAUCUGAAGAAAAUGAAAUUUCACGGGCAGAACCUGAUCCUGAUGAUAAUUUGGUGCCCCAACUGGGAAUGUCAAGUACGAAAAUUGAUGAGCCAGAUCCAGAUGAUCAAGAAUUAAGGAGGAUCCAUGACACUGUCACCAGUGUGUGUAGUCACCUGCAAAAGGCCAUUGAGAUGUUGCAAGCUGAGGUUGAUCCCACCGAGUCAACUACUGUCCUGCAAACUCUGUUUAAGAUAAUUAGGAAUGUGAUUGAACAUCCUAAUGACAUGAAAUUCAAGCGACUAAGGAAGGCUAAUCCUGUUAUCCAAAGAAAUAUUGCAAAUUACAAAGCUGCCAUGAAUAUACUUCUCUUAGUUGGUUUUAGCGAAGAUGUUAUUUCAGAUGGCAUUGGGAAGUCCGAAACUUACCUAGUUAUGAAGCGAAAUGAUCCUGGUCUUUUAUGGCUUGCAAAAUCCUCUCUUGAAGCAUGUAUUGCUUACUAGUCUUGAAAGAUUAGUGUGUGAAAAACCCGUACAAAAUGAAAUAUAUGAAGAGGGAAUGAAAAUGCAUAACCCUGUGUAAAAUGUGGAAGUGUUCGAUUGAAUGUAUGAAGAUUGUUUCCUUGGUAUUGGUAUUGGUAUUGGUAUUGGUAUUGGUAUUGUAUCAGUUUGAGAAAUAUUUGUAAAUAAGAGGAGUUACUUAUAGGACGAGUCCUCUAAUCCUUCUCUAGGCUUGGUCAAAGCAGAAGACUUGGUUCAGGAAAAAAAAAUGUUGAUUUUCU